UCAUUCUCCUUUUCAAAAGAUAUUAUUUCAUGAUGUUUUUUUAAUGGGUGCUUGCCUGCCUGCAUGCAGAAAUUGGUGGUGAUCAGAAUAUGGCUGCUCGGGAAUUGCCCUCCGUUACAGAUAUAGUUCUAGUAGGGCGUAAUGGCAAUGGAAAGAGCUUCACCGGAAACACCCUCCUUGGUGAAAAACUCGACAUAUCAAAAGCAGAUGCAGGAGGUGUUACCAUGGAAGAAAAUGAUAAGCUCAAGGAAAAAAAAAGGGAAAUCGAAUCUAAGAGCCUUUCGGAAGCAGAGGUAAUAGCGAUGAAAGAGCAGUCACGGAUGGAGCAUGAGCAUACUAUGAAUAUGAUGGCACACGAAGUGGAGCAUGCGCUAAAACAAAAUGCGGAAACACAUGAAGAAGAGACGCAGCAUCAUGUGAUUGAUGUCUCCGAAGUACUAAUUAUAAAAGAUCGGCCACAUAGGUUUGGUGUGAUUGUUGCACAACUUUCAAAUCAUCAUCUACUACUGUUUUGUAUGUUCUAUUGUUUUUGUUUCUUCUACUUUUGCAUUUUCCCAACUCUUUUGUAAUGUUAGUGUCAAGGAUCAAGGAUGUCUUGUCUCCACACCUGUAUAAGUAUGUGUCUACUAAAACAUUCAAAAUCUGUAAUUGGAAUCAUAGGAAUUUGUAGAGACAAAAAAAAA